CCGAAAGAACUUCAAAACCUAACAGACAAGAAAUAACGUAACAUUUACAGAUCUGCAAGUAAAUACGCUGUUAUGUAAAUAUUCUUAUCAGAUAUUAAUGUCCAGGAUCUCUGCAUGGUUAAAGUCUAAUUAGAUGGAAUUCCAACGGUAAAGAUAAUUUGUUAAAUGUAACACGAUAUCCUUUCAAGUCUGUUCGAAUUCUUUUGAACUGUGAAGUAAAUCAAUGUGAUAAAUCACACACCCUAGUAGGAAACAUUGGAGCCGGAAAACGCGCGUUUUCUUUCUUUUAACACAUGAGAGUAUUGUUCAAUCAAAAGUGUUAUUUUGAAAUUUUUCAUUUCAAAUUAUUCUUAAUUAUGAUGGUUUGCGUAAAACUAUCAACAACACCAAGCUUAGACAAUCAAUUCCAACGAAAUGACAAUAUGGAUGGAGAAGAGAUACAGAUUACACAGAAAAGAAAAAGAAAAGAAAGUGAACAAGACAAAACCAGACCUGAAUUGAAAGAGCAGAAGAAAGGCAAAAAAGGAAAUACGAAGAACAUGACAACUAGACGCACCAUAUAUAGCUCAUAUGUAUAUGGCUGUAUAUGUCAAAAGAAACAGAUAUUGUAUUCUAUAAUACAGGAAUUAAAAGAAAUCAUUUUCUUUUUUGAGUUGAUUUGUUACAUACAUGAGUUAUCAUAUUUGUUGUGGCUAUUUUACAUAGCAGUUGAACAACAUAUGGUUUCAACAGCAACAGUACAAUUAUGUUUUAUUCAAAAUAAUAUGCAUGCUUUAUUAUGUAAUUUUCAAGAAUUUAAAUUUUCUACCUGUGCUGUACUGACAUUAAACAGUUUGUAG